AUGGCUUCAGUCAGGCGCAAGCCCACCAUCUCCGCCGGCUGGAAAACCCAGAUCGCAUGCGCCGCGGUGCUCCUAGUAGCGCUCUUCCCCGCUCCCGGCUACAUGGUGAAAUCCGACGACUUCAAGCGCUGCGAUCAGAGCGCAUUCUGCGUUCGGCAGCGGGCGUACGCAGACUUUGCCGACAAAGUGUACAAUGACUCGAAGGACUCGCGGCUCUCGCCUUAUGAGCUUGUUGCCGGGUCGCUGAAAUUCGAUGAGAAGGCGGGCUUGGUGACGGCGUCGCUGCUGGAUGCGGAGAACAAGAUCCCGUUCUCACUCUCCGUAUCUCUAUUGGAAAGAAAUACCGCGCGUGUGCAGAUAAAGGAGACUCGGCCCGUUAAGUCUCGUUAUGAGUUGUCCGGCGAUCUCGCGCUAGCAUCAGAGCUGCCCAAGUCAGUGCCAAUCAGCAGCUCGACGAAUAGCAAGGACUCCUCGGAGACGACCGUUGUUUUUGGGGAGAAAAAGCAGAACUCCCUGGUGAUCCGCGCCAAGCCAUUUGCUUUCUCGCUGAGUGUCAACAAUGUUCCCGCCGUGACUUUCAAUGAACACGGUUACUUUUAUUACGAGCAUUGGAGGGAGAAGGACGUGGCCGCUGGCCUUGCGAACCAGGAUGCUUCCUCUUCGUCUGGAGAUCUUGUUGUUGAGACAGGGAUCACGGAUGAUGAAGAGAAGAAGCUGAAAGAGGCGCUGAACAAGGAUUUGUGGGAGGAGACGUUCAAGAGUACAACUGAUUCGAAGCCUAAUGGCCCGGCAUCGAUGGGAUUUGACAUUUCCUUCCCUGGGUCCAGCAACGUGUAUGGACUGCCGGAGCAUGCGGCGAACUUUUCCCUCCUGCCGACAAGGGGCAAAGGAAAAGUCUACGAUGACCCCUACCGUCUGUACAACCUUGAUGUCGCCGAGUACAUCCUCGACAGCCCUAUGGCUCUAUACGGCUCGAUCCCAUUCAUGUUCUCCCACAAAAAAGGCGUCUCAGCCGGCCUGUACUGGAUGAACGCCGCCGAGAUGUGGGUGGACGUUGAGAAACACGACGAGAGCGAUAUCUUGUCGAAAGCCUCCAAAUGGCUCCCGUUCGGAUCGCACAAGGCGCCCAAAGCGAGCACGACGGCACACUGGAUGGCUGAAUCGGGCGCUUUUGAUGUGUUUAUCUUCCUGGGCACGAAACCGAUGGAUAUCUUUGACUCGUUCACUGCGCUGACUGGACGGCCGGUGUUGCCGCAGCAUUUCGCUGUUGCGUACCAUCAGUGUCGGUGGAAUUACAUUGAUGAGCAGGAUGUUGCGGAUGUGGACGCCAAUUUCGACAAAUUUGAUAUCCCGUACGAUGUGCUUUGGCUCGAUAUCGAACAUACCGAUGGCAAACGAUAUUUCACGUGGGACAGUGCCAAGUUUCCUAAUUCGGAACAGAUGCAGAACAAUUUGGCUGUGAAGGGACGGAAGAUGGUGACGAUCAUUGAUCCGCAUAUCAAACGAGAUGACAGCUACAAAGUCUAUAAGGAAGCAAAAGACCUGGGAAUCUUUAUCAAAGACAAGAACGGCAACGAUGUCGACGGGUGGUGCUGGCCAGGCAGCUCAAGCUGGAUCGACUACACCGACGAAAAAGCACGCAAGUACUGGGCCGAGCGUUUCAAGUUUUCCGAAUACAAGGGCUCAACGCCCUCCCUCUUCACCUGGAACGACAUGAACGAGCCCUCCGUCUUCACCGGGCCAGAGAUCACCAUGCCCAAAGACGCGCUCCAUAACGGCGGCGUCGAGCACCGCGACGUGCACAACGUCUAUGGUACACUGCUACACCGAUCGAGUUAUGAGGGACAUCUGCUGCGAUCGGACAAUAAGGAACGCCCGUUCAUUUUGUCCCGUGCUUUCUUUGCGGGGACGCAGCGGUAUGGGGCUAUCUGGACUGGAGACAAUUUUGCCAAGUGGGAUCAUUUGGAGGCUUCGGUCCCGAUGUUGUUGUCUGUUGGGACCUCGGGGGUCGUGUUUAGCGGAGCUGACGUCGGAGGAUUCUUCGGCAACCCCGAACCCGACCUCCUGGUUCGAUGGUACCAAGUCGCAGCCUUUCAGCCUUUCUUCCGAGCACACGCCCACAUCGACACGAAGCGUCGCGAACCAUGGCUUUUCGGCGAGCCCUACACCUCCUUGAUCCGAGCCGCGAUCAGGGAGCGCUACAAGAUUCUGCCAUACAUCUAUACCUUGUUCGCGGAGGCUACGAGGUCUGGGGCGCCUAUAAUGAGACCAUUGCUUGCGGAGUUUCCUGAGGAUGAAGCCACUUUCGCGAUCGGUGAUCAGUUUAUGCUCGGAAGUGGCAUUCUGGUCAAGCCUGUUAUUAGCAAGGACCAGGAGAGCGUGAACGUCUACGUACCCCAGGCAUCGGUAUGGUACGACUACCACACCCACGCGAAGCUCGCGGCCUCAACCUCCGGCCAUGUCACAAUCAAGACUCCGCAAGAAAGGAUCCCGGUCCUCCUGCGGGGCGGAAGCAUCAUCCCCAGACGCGAGCGAGUCCGCCGCGCCUCGAACCUUAUGUUGCGCGACCCUUACACGUUAUGGGUUGCUUUGGAUCAACAGGGACAAGCCCACGGCGAACUCUACGCCGACGACGGCCACACCUUCCAAUACCAAGAGAACAAGUACAUCCUCUCAGCCCUCUCCUACACCCACAACACGCUCAGCAGCACCCUUCACACCACCCAAACCUCUGCCCCGUCCGAGUCGACGAUCACCGAGGUCGGCUCACGCGUGGAGCGGUUGGUGAUUGUAGGCUUGAAAACGGCGCCGAAACGCGUCGUUGUGACUGAGGGCGGGAAGAAGAGUGAUAGGGAGGUGCUGGUGGAGAGUGAAAAGCUGGCGGAUGGGCUGGUGAGGGUUACGUUGAGGGAUCCGGCGGUAAUUGUUGGGAGGGAGUGGGAGGUUAAGCUGGAGUUUUGA